GAGAAAAGAGGGGACAGUAAUGGCGAGGAUCGGUCAUGGUGGGGAGUCAGAGUGGUAUCCGGCUGGGGCUAGCCCCAGGUCUCUUGGUGGAGGAUGAGGAGAGAUGGGGAGACGGUGAAACGAGUGGAAUGGAAAGGCAGUCAGCGGGGUCGCCGAGUCGAAGAGACGAGUGAGCAGACGAGGGAGCGAACAUCGCGGCAAAGCCAAGAGCGCUGUUUGCCCGGCGCUUUCCUCGAUCGAGCCACGGCACGCUCGUCUUCGUCGUCAUCGUCAUCGUUGUUAUCGUCACGUGUCAUUAAAAGUGUCGUUUUUCGUUUCUUUCAUAAUAGAAAAGAAAGUUUGCGAAUUCAAAAGUGUCCUUUCUCAAGUAUAUAGGAAUCCCAUUAAAAAAUGAAAGGAUAGGAGAUAUCCUGUGUCUUUUUUCUCUUUCGAAAUUUCUUUUUUUUUUUCAAUCGCCGUUUCACUAUUUUCCAAGUUUUCUCUUCUAUUCUCAUUCCAAUUCCUUUCGCGUCCUUGUUCAAUUCAGGUAGUCUGAUAAAUCGUCUUCUUCCUGGUCACCUGCUCAUCCAAAUUUUCUACCACCAACACCACCUACGCGAGCCGUGCCCUCUUUAAUCGUGACAGUUCGAGCGAGGAACAGAUUAAGUCAUGUUUCUCGAAAGUUUUCACUGAUGCUUUCAAGUGAUCUAGCAAGAAAUCAUCAUUAAAUCGUCAAGAGAAAAAAAGUAUUAUAUUUUGAGCACAAGAUGACAGUACUUUGUGUCAAGAAAAACAAAGCCCGUUAUCAGAGAGUGUCGAAGGCAAGUAGGAACGGAGAUUUAAAGUGAAAGUCCGUGAAUUUAUAAGGUAUACUUGGACACUGGAUAACGGUAGAAGGAUGAUGGAGUUCGAGGUGUCGUGAGAAGAAAGACCGACUGGGGUCUUCUUCGAAAGAAUCUUUUGGAAGAAAGAAUCUUUCGGAAAAGCAAAAAAGAAGGAACGGGAAGACGAAAGAAAAGUAUUUGUCGUCUAUUCGGUCGAUAAAGCUCGUCGAGCCGGUCGGAGUCUAGACGGAUAUGGCUACUGUUGUUCCUUCCACCGGUGCUGUUGCUGCUGGUGCUGUUCCUCGGCUUUUCCAUCACCAUCGUCAUCGCAGCACACGUCGCCACCACUACCAGGUACUACGUCGUCAGCCGUGUAGUAGCAAGUCAGGCGAACAGGUGCUGCUACUGCUGCUGCUGCUGCUGCUCCUACCCUCCUCCUCCUCCUCCUCCUUCUCCUCUAUCUCCUCCACCUCCUCCCCUACCUUCUACGUCGUCGUUCAGGAUAGGAUUCGGCGAGACCUCUCGUGAUAGCGGACACACGAGUCUCGAGCUACGGAACGACUUCUCCGUUGCUUGUUCUUCUCUUCGUCAAACGUAGUUGUCGAUCGAUUUGUCAGGCCACGCACAUUCCGCGCGCAUUCCCGCUAUUCUUAGUGGUGUAGGUGUUCGUUUCUCUUUCUCUUUCUUUUUCUUUCCCUUUCCCUUUUUUUUACUCUCUUAUCCUCUUUGUCAUUUUCCUUGUCUUCGUCUUCUUGGUGUAUUUAUGAUAUAGUGUAGUGCGUGUGCAAGUGGGCUACGAGAAAGGGAUUGGAAAGGGUGAAGAAGUCGAAGAAGAGGUAGAAAGGAAUUAAAAGGGAGAAAAAAGAAGAAAAAAAAGAUAACAUCACAGGAGAAGGACCGUCGACGUCAUUGCGCGCGUCUGGCCUUCUCGCCGGAGGAUGACGAGCAUGCGAAGGGUCGACUAUCCGCGACCGAUUUCACGGAUCUGUGGGACUCUUCUUUUGUUACUGAUAUUACUGACUGAGGUCUCGUAUUCGGCUGAUCUAGCGAUCGAGAUUCCAGGUAAUUUGAGUCAAGGCGGUUCUUGGUACCGACUGGAUUACAGUCCCGCUGUUGGUUAUCCACCGCCAAACACUACUAUAGCCGCAACAGACAUCGGUGAUGUUAUCAAAUUCAGAGAUGGUCUUCCGGGUACAAAAUAUGAGUUUUGGCUAUACUACAGUAACGGCACUCUUCACGAUUGGCUCACGUGGGCUGCCUCGAUCACGACAGCACCGGAUCCACCCUCCAAUUUGACCGUAUCGGUUCGCAAUGGGAAAACCGCGAUCGUAUAUUGGUCACCGCCAGCCCAGGGCAAUUAUUCUGGUUUCCGCCUGAGGGUACAAAGCUUUAGCGACACCGGAAAUCCAAGGACGAGUGUGAUACCCGCCGAUGCUGUACCCUAUACACUUCGUGAUCUCACGCCCGGGGCGACAUACUCCCUUCAACUCUUCACGGUGCUGGACACCAAAGAGAGCGUGGCCUAUACAAGCAGGAACUUUACAACCAAACCAAAUACGCCAGGGAAGUUCAUUGUAUGGUUUAGAAAUGAAACUACGUUGCUGGUACUCUGGCAACCACCUUAUCCUGCUGGUAUUUAUACCCACUACAAAGUCAGCAUUGAUCCCAAGGAUGCGAUCGAAUCGGUCCUUUAUGUGGAGAAAGAAGGUGAACCACCUGGACCAGCUCAGGCUGCGUUCAAAGGACUCGUCCCUGGUCGAGCUUACAACAUUUCGGUGCAAACGGUUUCUGAAGAUGAGACAUCGACUCCAACAACUGCUCAAUAUCGCACUGUACCGUUGCGACCUUUGAACGUGACUUUUGACAAGUCUUCAAUAACAUCUACUUCAUUCAGAGUAUUCUGGAAACCACCGAAUGGAACAUCUGAGUUCGAUAAGUAUCAGAUAUCUCUUGGCGGUAAUCGGAGACUCGCACCUGUUACUAAAAACCGGGAUGAUGAGAGUAGAUUGGAAUUUAAGGACUUGGAACCUGGAAAAACAUAUCAGGUCGUUGUGAAAACGGUCUCUGGUAAGGUCACCAGCUGGCCAGCUAGUGGUGACGUUACUCUCAAACCAUUACCGGUGCGAGAUCUUCGAGCAGACGUCGAUGAGAGAACAGGUAUGGUUGAAGUAUCGUGGAAUCCGGAAAAUAGUAGUACGCAAGAUAGUUAUAAACUUCAGUAUCACGAGGUGGAAACGACUAUCGGUGGUGAUAGCAACACUUUAACAACUGAUAAAACCAGAGUCACACUGGAAGCUCUGCUGCCAGGUCGAAAUUAUUCCAUUAUCAUUCAAGCGAUUAGUAGUAAAGUUGAAUCGAAUGAAACAGUACUUUAUCAAGUAACACGUCCAUCUAGUCCGAUAAUCGAAGAUUUGAAAUCGAUUGAAAAAGGUUUGAAUAUAUCCUGGAAGAGUGAUGUAAACUCCAGGCAAGAAAAGUUCGAGGUGACGCACAACAGAAACGAUACCGGCGAAAGUGCGACCACCUUGACCACAGAGUCGCACAUUGUUUUAGAAGAUCUUUAUCCUGGUGCGGGAUACGAGGUCAAGGUUUUCGCUAUUAGUCAUGGCCUCAGGAGCGAGCCGCAUGCACACUUUCAAGCAGUCCUGCCUCAUCCACCAAAGAAUUUGAGCAUUGAAAAAGUUACCAGUAACACCGUACUCGUCCAUUGGGAGGCACCAACGGAUUCAAUAUUUUCUGAAUAUUCUAUUAGGUAUCGUACGGAAGACGAACCAAGAUGGGUGAAACUUCCAAGUGUUCGAGAAAUUGGCGAAGCGGAAGUCGCCGAUAUGACACCAGGAGAGAGGUACACGAUACAAGUGAAUACUGUAAGCUAUGGAGUAGAGAGUUUACAUCCCUUACAAGUAAAUCAUACGAUCCGACCAAACCCAGUAUUGAACAUCCAUCCGAUCGUGGACUCGACGAACGUAACGUUAGAGUGGCCAAGACCCGAAGGUAGAAUCGAAACCUACGUGAUAAGAUGGUGGCCUGUCGAAAAUCCGCAAGAUAUAAGAGCAAAAAAUGUCACGGAAAGCCCCGAAGUUUCUGCUCUUCUCUUCGACGAGAGUACCGUUCAUACGGAAAGAGUACUCGUUGGCGAUCUGAUGCCAGGGAUGCAGUAUUCCUUUAUCGUCUAUACCAUAUCUUAUGAUCUAGUCAGUGAAAUCACCAAUUUAACAACGAGAACAAUGCCGCUGAUCCAGUCCGAAGUCGUGGUGGUGGUAGAUCGCGAUCAACCGGGCUCCUUAACGCUAAGGUACACCCCAACGCCGAUUCAAUCAUCGAAAUUCAAUCUUUAUCGCUUUCGGAUCAACGACGAGAACAACACGACUAAGGAGCGUCGUGUAGAUGAUACUGAUACGAAGGUCACCUUUACUGGUCUUACACCCGGUAGGCUUUAUCAAGUGACCGUGUGGACUGUCAGUGACAACGUGGAAAGUCGACCGUUGAUUAGACAGGAUAGACUCUAUCCUGAACCGAUCACUACGAUAAAUGCGACCGACGUUAACGAUACCAGGAUUACGUUGACUUGGGACGUGCCACGAGGGGAAUAUGACACUUUCGAAGUGCAGUAUAUAAACACCGAAGACAACUACAUCCAAAAUUUAACAUCUGUUAACACGAUAACCAUAUCCGACUUGAAGCCAUAUAAAAAUUACACGUUCACGUUGGUCGUUCGCUCAGGAACUGAAUCAUCCUAUUUGAGGGUGUCGAAUCCGCUUAGUGCCAGUUUCACUACGAGCGAAUCUUAUCCUGGUAGAGUGGACAAAUUCCAUCCAACGGAUAUACAACCUAGUGAGAUCAGCUUCGAAUGGUACUUGCCAAAUGAAGAGCAUAAUGGUAUCAUCAGAAAAUACAGCAUCACUUAUGGCUUGGAGGGCUCAACGCACACGCAGAUGCAAGACUUCAAGCCGAUCGAAUUCCGUGGUGUCAUAAAAUCACUCAUACCUGGCAAGACGUAUCUCUUUCGCAUUCAAGCCGAGACUAAGGUCGGUUACGGGCCUGAAGUCGUUUGGAAGCAAAAGAUGCCAAUAAGGGCACCACCAAAACCGCCUACUCAAGUUGUACCAACCGAAGUCUGUAGGAGCAGUACUACCAUACAAAUAAGGUUUAGAAAGAAUUACUUCAGCGAACAAAAUGGUGCUGUAAUUUCGUAUACUAUCAUCGUUGCUGAAGAUGACAGCAAGAAUGCAUCUGGUCUUGAAAUGCCUAGCUGGAGAGACGUUCAGGCUUAUAGCAUUUGGCCUCCUUAUCAGGUCAUGGAACCUUAUUAUCCUUUUAAAAAUGGAUCAGUAGAGGACUUUACGAUCGGGUCAGAAAAUUGUGACAAUAAAAUUGGUUAUUGCAACGGACCGCUAAAAUCUGGUUCAACCUACAGAGUGAAAGUACGAGCUUUUACAGCUCCUGACAUGUUUACGGAUACCAGCUAUAGUUUUCCAAUUCAAACAGGAUUGCUGCUGGCAGAUAAGGAUAACACAGCUAUCAUAGUUGGAGUGACUGUCCCGAUUGUUCUUCUACUGUCUUUAUUGGGUAUCGGCUUGCUCGUGAGGAGAAGACGGAGCCAAGGAAGAAAGACUACCGAGACUAGAGCCACAGAUAAUCUAUCUUUACCAGAUAGUGUUAUUGAAACGAGUCGUCCCAUUAAAGUAGAAGAUUUUUCCGAACACUAUAGAAAUAUGUCGGCGGAUUCAGAUUUUCGCUUUUCGGAAGAAUUCGAAGAGCUCAAGCACGUUGGAAGGGAUCAACCUUGUACCGCUGCUGAUUUACCAUGCAACAGACCAAAAAAUCGUUUUACGAAUAUAUUACCUUACGAUCACAGCAGAUUCAAAUUACAACCGGUAGACGACGAAGAGGGCUCGGAUUAUAUAAAUGCUAAUUAUGUCCCUGGUCAUAACUCACCAAGAGAGUUUAUCGUGACGCAAGGUCCUUUACAUUCGACGCGCGAUGAUUUCUGGAGAAUGGUGUGGGAGAGCAAUAGCAGAGCUAUCGUGAUGCUCACGCGAUGUAUCGAGAAGGGUAGAGAGAAGUGCGAUCAUUAUUGGCCCAUGGAUACCUUGCCGGUUUAUUAUGGUGAUAUUUGCGUAACAAUAUUAAACGAGACGCAUUAUCCGGACUGGAGUAUAACGGAGUUUAUGCUAUGCAGGGGGGACGUGAAAAGAAUCAUUCAACAUUUCCAUUUCACAACAUGGCCAGAUUUUGGUGUCCCAAGUCCACCUCAAACCUUAGCAAGAUUUGUUCGAGCCUUUCGAGAACGAGUAAGACCAGAUCAACGACCAAUAGUAGUUCAUUGUAGCGCUGGUGUAGGACGUAGUGGUACAUUUAUCACGUUAGAUAGGAUACUUCAACAGAUCUUGGUAUCGAAAUACGUUGAUAUUUUCGGAAUCGUUUGGGCUAUGAGAAAAGAGAGAGUUUGGAUGGUGCAGACUGAGCAACAAUACAUCUGCAUACAUCAGUGUCUUCUUGCUGUCUUAGAAGGACAAGACACUACGGGACCACCUCGUGAGAUUCAUGACAAUCAAGGAUUCGAAGGAAAGAAUCGAAGCUCGGUCGAAAACGCUAAGAGUCCUGCCGAGGAUGAAAAGGAGAGGUGACCUUCAAACUCCGAAUCCUGCGUCGAUGAUGACGAAGGAAUAGCCGAGUCGGGAAUGUGAUGAUCCGAUUACUGGUUAUUAAGGAUAUCGACUUGCGAGCAUGGACGUCCUGUUUCUAAAAUAUUUUAGUAUCUGGCGUACGUCUGAUUCUUCAGAGUUUUUUAAAUCUCGCCGAAGGAAAGAUCAGAGAAAUGUCAGAGAAAUUUAGGGAAGACGUUUAGGAAAGAUAAAAGCAGAUAGCAAGUGGAACAGUUUAUGAGAGUUUGAAAUGAGGAGAAAGAAAGAUAGAACAAUCAAUUUUAUAGUUGUAUUUGAAUCUUUUCACGUUGUCGAAUGUUCAGUUACUCAUCGACGAUAAGUCUAUUCUGUCAUUCGACUCAAUGACUAUACUCAAUUUCAUCCAACCGAAAACUUCCAGUUUAAAGGGAGUUUGAUCUCAUCGAUUUACUCUUAUUCCAAAAUUUUCGCUCUAAUGCUAUUAUUAAGACAGCCUUGUCGAUUUUGAAGACAAGAGGAAAGAAUCGAAUUUGAAGCUGUCAAAUGCAUUCAUCGAAUGACAAAGGAAUACAACGCUGUAUGAUCGUUGUUAAAAAGGAGAAUAAGAGAAAGAAGAAAUCGUAAUAUAUCGUCUACGCGUAGUUGCCAUUUUCUGUGCAUAGUAAUUAUCGUACGUGCUCGCGUUGAUCCCUUAGAUAGAUACAGAUUUGCAUAUCAUAACAAAUUACCAAGUGAACAAAUUCAAUUGGGUUGUCACGAUCGAUUCGCUUUUGUUUUAAAUGCACGUAUGAACAUUCAGAAAUUUCAAAUUAUUAACAAAACAUUUUGUCCAAUUAUUUAAAAAUUAAAUGAGAAUUUUUAUAAUUCAAACAUUCUUUUCUAAGAUUUCAGAUCUACAAUGAAUUUAAUAACGAAACGUUCGAACGUGGAUUUGUGACGAGUGCGACGACUCGGAAUUAGCUACUUCAUCUAGCUAUUAUCAAAAAUGACAACCAUCCGUCCAAGAGCCGUUCUAGACGUGCCAAUUAAGUGUUAAAAAAUUAAUUAAAUGAAAAAAGAAGUAAAAGAUGUGGACGAAACGGGAAAAAAUGUGAAGAUACUGUUUUUUGAAUCAUUACUCUCAAGUUAGGCCAAACAAGUUAGUGGGAACAAGAAACUCGCAUCUUCGUAGAAGCCAUAUCACUUUUUCAUGGAUAAAUCACUAACCGAUAACGUGUCUUUCUGAUUAUCAAACUAUUUCAGACGAAUAUCUUGUGAAACGUUUAAUAUAUUGCUUUCAGUAUUUAAGUUCGGUUCUUUAUUGCGAUUAAAGAAGGUACGAGAGAGUACUUAACUUUUCGUAAAACGAUGAAAGCGAGAGUGGGAGAGAGAGAGAGAGAAAGAGAGAAAGAAAGAAUGAAAGUGAGAAAGCAACAUUCGAAACGAUAAACAACGAGGUCCAAUCGAAACAUUUUUUUGUGGUAUUUUUCCGAUUAGAUAGAAAAAAUGGAGUUUUCAAAAGCGAGAAAAUUUUGGAGUAGAAGGGACAUUGCGUAUUUUUGGAAAACUUUUAUUACGUAAUAGCAAAUUGCAUUAAAAAAUUUUUUUACGUUCAAUACGAAUCAAGAAUGUUCAAAAGCCGAAAAAAUCAACGAAUCACCGUAAAAACGAAAUCACUUAGACUUGGCAGAUACAUUUUGCACAAGUCUAUCGAAAAAAGAAAAAAAAGAAAAAUAAAACGAAAAAUGAAAUGAGACAAAAAAACUAAAAGGGAAAAGGGAGAAAAUAUGUGGAGUGAUACUGUUUUCCGUAAUAAAAGCGCUAACUUUUAUGUACGCGUAUGUAUAUGUAUAUGCAAUCAAUAAUCGUACUUGUUGAUAUUUUUUAAAGGUAAAAAUGAAAAGAAAAGGAGGAAACGAAUCUCGCUAAUUCGUAGUUUCUACCGCAGUGUUCUUAGGUGCAAGUAAUCUAAUCUAAGAUGCCCUUCCCUCUUUACAGUAUCCUUCCUUAUGUUUAAUUUUUCUAUCUCCGGGUAAUCGGGCCAUUGUAAAUAAUUAUAAAUAUAUGAAUAUAUAUGUAUACAAACGUUUCCUCGAAUGGAUGCAAGGAUAAUGCCUUUUUUUUUACUUUUUUAAUAUCACAAAAUAUAAUCUUCAAUUGUAAUUUAUUACUUUACGAUUUAUAAAAAACAUCACACCUAUCGUCAAUUGACCUUUUAAGAUUUCUAAUUCUUUUAUUAGAAGAAACGAAAUAAUCGAUAUUCUUGGAAAAUUAUUUUCAGUAAAAACACUCUCCCCAAGGGGAAAUACUUGUGUUCAUUCGUGUGAAACUCAUUCGUAGAUACAGGUACAUGUUCAUUAGCCUAAUCUCAAGUAAUGAAGUCGUGAGCAUGUAAGAUACAGAGAAUUCGUAAAUGCUUUCAUACACUUCUCAUAACACGAUAAUCGAGUAUUUUCCAAUUGCUUCUAACUUUAUUUUUUAUCUGCCAAUGCUCGUAUCAUCGUCGAAAUAUAUUCUUAGAGGUAUCUUCGUACGUAAUUAAUAUAUUCGAGGAAUAUUUAUGGAAUGCGAUGUUUAAAAUUUUACAGAUUUUGGUGACCAUAUCAAAGUGUGAACGAGAAAGGAAAAUGUAUUAUAUAUAUAUAUAUAUAUAUAUAUAUAUAUAUAUAUAUAUAUAUAUAUAUAUAUAAGGAAGAAAGAAACAUUUUUCUUUAGAAGUCAGUAACAUUCAUAGUCGCGACUUUAGUCGCGAGCAUUACCAUUAAUAAUUUUAUGUUAUUCUGUGAUAAAUCACGAUUUGUGGUUCCCGGAGAAAGAACUAUACAUACACACACACACACACACACACACAGAUAGAAAUAGAGAAAGAGAGAGAAAGAAAGAAAGAGAAGGGACAGUGAAUACAAUAAUUUUUUCAUUUAUUUUCCAUGCAGGUAGAAAAUAGUCGAAAAAGAAGAAGAGGAAGAAUCAAAUAUGAAGCUUUCAUCAAUAAUGGAAAGAUGAAAUUUAUAUAGGCGAAAGACAACAAGGUGAUAGAUAAUAAUAAUGAUGAUGAUAAUAAUAAUAAUAAUAAUUAAUAAUAAUAAAUUAUUAUUAUUAUUAUUAUUAUAGUGAUGAUAAUGAUAUUAAUAUUGAUGAUUCGUGGUAUGUUUUGAAUUUAUCAUGACGUUGUAAAUAUUAAUGAUAAUGGCUUGAUAUUUAGGAUCCAUACUUAUACAUACAUAUAUAUAUAUUUUUUUUUAAACACAAGGUAUCCGUAUAAAAAUGAAAUAAAAGUAAAUAUGGAUGCCAAACCUUUUUGUAUAUAGACAUUUUUUUACCGAGAUUAUUGCGAGAACAGCACGAUGCAAUUUAAAACGGAAAAUAGGUCUGCGAUUAAAACUGAGAAUAAAAGAAAAAGAAGAAAAUCUCUCAUAUCAUCGAUUUUUUUGUCCAUAUUCCUGUUUUCUUUUUUUUUUUUAAUCUUUUCUUCUCAUCGAUUUGUUUUCGCAGUCACUUCUCUGUACCAGCGUAAUUACAAAAUGUUCGUAGAUUUAUUAUUACGAAUGAAAUAUACAUACUUAUGUUGUGGAUAUGUAUGGAAAAAUUAAAUGGAAAAAAUUUUCGUAGUGUAUGUGUAUGUGUGUGUGUAUGAAAGAGAGAUAGAGACGAAUUGUUCCACGUGUAUUUUGCAUAGUCAAUACGACUACGCAAAGAAAAGAUAAAAAAAUGUGGUAUGGUAAAAUGCACGUUCAUCAAAUAAAUGAUGCUGAUUCUGAUAA